GGCGCCGGGAGCCGGUGCGCGCCCCGGACAGCCGCGCUUUCCCGAUAUAAAUACCUAUAUCUGUGCUGUCCAGUACAUUAGCCAUUGGCUUUAUGUGGUUUUUGAGAAUUUGACAUGCGGCUGGUCACAACAGAGAUGUUUUAAACCUUUCAUUUUAGUCAGAUACAUCGCUGUCUAAGUGGAAGUGGAAAACUAACACAUGAAGAUACAGAAACUGCUUCGGCUGAUUCAAAAUGGGAACAACAAGUGAUGAGAUGGUGUCUGUGGAGCACAACUCGUCCUCCUCCUUCAAUCCUCUGUGUUUUGAAUGUGGUCAGCAGCACUGGACAAGAGAAAAUCACUUGUAUAAUUACCAGAAUGAAGUAGAUGACGACCUGGUCUGCCAUAUAUGCCUUCAGCCUCUGCUGCAGCCCCUAGAUACCCCCUGUGGGCACACGUUCUGCAGCAAGUGCCUCAGAAACUUCUUACAAGAGAAAGAUUUCUGUCCAUUGGACCGCAAAAGACUUCACUUUAAGUUGUGUAAGAAGUCUAGUAUCCUAGUUCAUAAACUUUUGGACAAAUUACUAGUGUCAUGUCCAUUUUCUUCAGUGUGCCAGGAUGUGAUGCAGCGCUGUGAUCUGGAGGCACAUCUUAAAAACAGAUGCCCUGGAGCUUCUCAUCGGAGAGUUGCCCUGGAGAGAAGGAAAACCAGUAAAACUCAGCCAGAGAUUGAAAAUGAAAAUGGAACCACAAUAAUAGAUCUCCCAGGCACCCUGUCACCUGAAACAGACUGCUCAGGCACAGGGAUAGUGCCCACCGAGCGGAACUUGACCUCAGCCUCUCUUACGGCAUGGACUGAGGAGCCUGGCCUGGACAACCCUGCCUUCGAGGAGAGCACCAUUGCUGACGCCACACAACAGCCACCUAGUUUACCAGAAGGUGAAAUUACUACGAUUGAAAUUCACCGAUCUAAUCCUUAUAUUCAGCUAGGAAUUAGCAUUGUGGGUGGCAAUGAAACACCACUGAUCAACAUUGUUAUCCAGGAAGUCUAUCGUGAUGGGAUAAUCGCCAGAGAUGGAAGACUCCUUGCUGGAGACCAGAUUCUUCAGGUCAAUAACUGUGAUAUUAGCAACGUGUCCCACAACUAUGCCAGAGCUGUCCUUUCACAGCCCUGCAGCUCCCUGCAGCUCACUGUGCUGCGAGAGAGACGCUUUGGUAACCGAGCGUACAGCCAUUCUGAUGGGAGCUCUCCACGGGAAGAGAUGUUCCAUGUGGUUCUUCAUAAACGAGACUCUGGUGAACAGCUUGGCAUCAAACUCGUACGAAGGACAGAUGAGCCAGGAGUUUUUAUUCUUGACCUGUUGGAAGGGGGGCUUGCUGCACAGGAUGGGAGGCUGAGCAGCAAUGACCGUGUGCUUGCCAUCAAUGGGCAUGACCUGAAGCAUGGGACUCCGGAGCUUGCUGCCCAGAUCAUUCAGGCUAGUGGAGAAAGGGUGAAUUUAACAAUUGCUAGACCAGGGAAACCCCAGUCUGGUAACACUAUCCGGGAAGCAGGAACUCAGAGCAGCAGCCAGCACCAUGCACAGCCGCUGUAUUACAGCAGACCCAGCUCACAUAAGGAUCUUACCCAGUGUGUUACAUGCCAAGAAAAGCACAUUACUGUAAAGAAGGAACCUCACGAGUCCCUUGGAAUGACAGUAGCUGGGGGCAGAGGAAGUAAGAGUGGUGAACUGCCCAUCUUCGUGACCAGUGUGCCGCCUCACGGCUGCCUCGCCCGCGACGGCAGGAUCAAGAGAGGUGAUGUAUUGCUGACUAUCAAUGGCAUUGAUUUGACCAAUUUAAGUCACAGUGAGGCUGUUGCUAUGCUGAAAGCCAGUGCUGCGUCCCCCGCUGUGGCCCUGAAAGCCCUUGAGGUCCAGGUCGUUGAGGAGGCCUCCCAGGCCACGGACGAGCAGCCAAGCACCUUCAGUGAAAACGAGUAUGAUGCCAGUUGGUCCCCAUCGUGGGUCAUGUGGCUUGGGCUUCCAAGUUCCCUUCAUAGCUGCCAUGAUAUAGUUUUACGAAGAAGCUACUUAGGAAGUUGGGGCUUUAGUAUCGUUGGUGGAUAUGAAGAGAACCACACCAAUCAGCCUUUCUUCAUUAAAACCAUUGUCUUGGGAACUCCUGCUUAUUAUGAUGGAAGAUUAAAAUGUGGAGACAUGAUCGUGGCCGUCAAUGGCCUGUCAACUGUGGGCAUGAGUCACUCUGCGCUAGUUCCCAUGUUGAAGGAGCAGAGAAGCAAAGUCACUCUGACGGUUGUUUGCUGGCCUGGCAGCCUGGUGUAGAUGUUGAAAUUGUCUUUGAGUCAAACAUCUUUCUUUUUUAGGUUCUGAAAAGAAAACCCUUUUACUCCAUUAUGUUUCUGGUUGUUAGGAGCUACUGACACAGCUGGUAUAUGCAGGGCCCCAAACCACUACGAUUGUCCUUCUGUUGUUAUUUAAGUGGUUUUCCUCAAGUUCGCCACAUUUCUUUCAGCUUGGAAACAGUCUUCCACUACCCCUGUGAGUUCGUAUUUUCAGAAUGUGACCUAUGAUAAUGAAUGAAGUCCCCAAACUGUGACCAGCCAGCUGGAUUAGAGGCCGUCUGGCCCUGCUUGCACUGAACCCGGUCGGGGCUGCACGCGCCCGGCCCUGGCAUCAGGAAGGCGGUAGCAGUAGCACUUGCUGCCGCUCUCGCUGCCAGCGCCACGACUGGAUGCCUUGCAAACCCGGACGGUGACCGUUUCCCACUUUCCUUAGGUGCCAACAUUUCAAAACUUCAUGCUGUUUAUAAGGUGAUUGUUCUGGCUUAUUUCUUUAAUCUCUCAGCAUUCAUAGACGAUGAAGAUAUAAGUUUUACACCACAAAGACUUAUUAAAAAGAACAUACCUUUAUUAGAAUAGUAGAAAAUAGAAGAUAGCAUUAUCCAGUGACACAGGAACUGGGAGACAAUCACAGUUUGGCGCUGGAGGUGGUAAAAGCUGCAUUUACUUGAAUAGUCCAAAAGCAUUAAAGAGUCGUUUCCAAAGGAAUGUUUUAUGUAGGAAAGUUUUGAACCUGUUUUUGUUAAAAAUUGUUUUCUAGAUUUUUUUAUUAUCCUAUCAGCAAACUUGGCUGGAAAUGUUUUUGUGAUUUAUGUAAUUAGAUAAUAAAGAUA